GUAUUUCCGGGACUCCCCUGCGGCGGGGGCUUCUGGGGUUCUGAGCUCGGUAUGUGGCGCCUGGCUCGCCCUGUGUGCGAGCAGACUGCGAAGAGUUGCAAGCUUUUCCGCCCUCCGUGCAGGCCUACCGCCCUCAUGUCCACUCUGCUGAUCAAUCAUCCCCAGUAUUCUUGGCUGCAAGAGCUGGGACUCAGCGAGGAAAACGCGGGCGUGUAUAAUGGACACUGGCGCGGCGGGGGAGAGGUAAUUACGACCUAUUGUCCUGCUAACAAUGAGCCAAUAGCAAGAAUCCGACAGGCCAGUUCGGAAGACUAUGAAGAAACUAUAAAGGAAGCCAAGGAAGCAUGGAAAAUGUGGGCAGAGAUUCCUGCCCCAAAGCGAGGAGACAUAGUGCGGAAGAUUGGCGAUGCCUUGCGGGAGAAGAUUCGGGUGCUGGGAAAGCUGGUGUCUUUGGAGAUGGGGAAGAUCUUAGUGGAAGGCAUAGGAGAGGUUCAGGAGUACGUGGACAUUUGUGAUUACGCAGCUGGCUUGUCAAGGAUGAUCGGGGGACCCGUCUUGCCUUCUGAAAGACCUGGUCAUGCUCUCAUCGAGCAGUGGAACCCGUUAGGCCUGGUGGGAAUCAUCACUGCCUUCAAUUUCCCUGUGGCUGUGUUUGGCUGGAACAACGCCAUCGCGCUGAUCACAGGGAAUGUCUGCGUUUGGAAAGGAGCACCAACAACUUCUCUUGUUAGCAUAGCCGUCACAAAGAUCAUUGCCAAGGUUUUGGAGGACAACCAGCUCCCUGGUGCCAUUUGUUCCCUGACUUGUGGUGGAGCAGAUAUUGGCACAGCAAUGGCCAAGGAUUCACGUGUGAACCUGCUGUCCUUUACCGGGAGCACUCAAGUUGGGAAGCAGGUGGCCCUCACGGUGCAGGAGAGGUUUGGGAGAAGCUUGUUGGAGCUUGGAGGAAACAAUGCCAUUAUUGCUUUUGAGGAUGCAGACCUUUGCCUGGUUCUUCCAUCAGCUCUGUUUGCCGCCGUGGGAACAGCCGGCCAAAGGUGUACCUCUGUGAGGAGAUUGUUUUUGCACGAAAGCAUCCAUGAGGAAGUUGUAUCAAGACUGAAAGGUGCCUACGCACAGAUCCGUGUUGGGAACCCCUGGGACCCGAAUAUUCUCUAUGGACCACUACAUACCAAACAGGCAGUGAGCAUGUUUCUUCGAGCCGUGGAAGAAGCAAAGAAACAAGGAGGCACAGUGGCCUUUGGGGGCAAGGUGAUGGAUCAUCCUGGCAACUAUGUGGAGCCUACCAUUAUCACCGGCCUGUCUCAUAAUGCCCCCAUCGUGCAUGAAGAGACUUUUGCCCCAAUUCUCUAUGUCUUCAAAUUCAAGAACGAAAGAGAGGUCUUCGAGUGGAACAAUGAGGUGAAGCAAGGACUCUCGAGUAGCAUUUUUACCAAGGACUUGGGCAGAAUCUUCCGAUGGCUUGGACCCAAAGGUUCGGACUGUGGCAUUGUGAACGUCAAUAUUCCGACCAGUGGGGCUGAGAUUGGUGGUGCCUUUGGAGGAGAGAAGCACACUGGUGGCGGCAGGGAAUCUGGGAGCGAUGCCUGGAAGCAGUACAUGCGCAGGUCCACAUGUACCAUCAACUACAGCGCGGACCUUCCUCUGGCUCAAGGCAUCAAGUUUGAGUGGUGAUACCUCAGUUUGACCUCACAGUCUGCGGCUGCUCUGAAGAGGCCCCAGAAAACUUGGAUCUGCCCUGAUUGUUUUAUGUGCCAACAGUGGCUAAUCUCUAGUGAUCCCCAAAUCUGACUAAAUCAAGAUACCUAUUUUUCAAAAAUUCAAAUUAAAUAUUCUCAACCUAGUUACAUUUAGCAAAA